UCGAAUUUCUCCGGUCGGUCUCUCUCUCUCUCCCGUGGUUCUCGGUUGCUCCGUUAAUGGAAUCAGAAUCGGAGGAGAAGCGCAAAUACUCCGCAACUUCUUGUACGAACUCAUGGCUUUUUAUUCGAAAAUCGUUUCAGCGGCUCAACAAGACUUGGACGCCGUCGAGAAAAAACAUGUAUUGCCAUUGGGACAUUAUAUUUUCUCCGUUGUUCAGAGAGAGAGAGAGACCAAGAGGACAUACAUAGGUGAAGCAGAAGCUGAGGAGAAUGUUUGAUGACCAGUUUCUUCAGUUUGACAUGGUUUAAUUCUCCUCAACUUGUCCUUAUAAAUCAGCAAGGAAGCGUGAUCAUCUCAGGUGAGCUCUACUUCAUUACCUAAGAAUCAUUAAAUCGACCUGGAGACAAAAUGGACUUGGCUCCUAAAAAGAACACAGCUAAUGUCACAUCCAAGGAGAUAGACCCAAUCGUAAAAUCCAAGUCCCCUCGCGCAAACCAUAUACAAGUCACUCCAUUCUCCCUCAAGCUAGGAGACAAUGUUCCCAGGAACCCUCAUUUCGAUCCCAAGAAGAUGGAUCCUCUCGUCAGACAUCAACCGUCAAAGUCUCCGACCGCAACUAAAGGAACCAACGAGGCUGAUUUAAAGCACAACACAUAUUCCAGCGAUGGUGAUAGCUUAGCAAUGAAGAAAAAUGCUCCUAACAAAAAUCUUCAUUAUGAUCCCAAGAAGAUUGUUCCUGUAACCACACCUGAAGUACACUCCCCAAACGCCACCAGAGCUCUUCACCAACACAGGACAAAGUCCCCAGACAACAAGAAAGCCCCUAGACAUAACGCGGAAUAUGCCUACGGUGAUAACAUGGUGGGACCAUCAGCUACACCUUUCAAGCCUCACACGGGAGGGGACGUGAGGUGGGACGCCAUUAACUCAGUCGCUUCAAGAGGCCCUCAAAUAGGCCUUGACAACUUCAGGCUUCUAAAACGUCUUGGUUACGGAGACAUAGGCAGCGUCUAUCUCGCUGACCUGCGAGGGACUAAUGCUGUUUUCGCGAUGAAGGUGAUGGAUAAGGCCUCGUUGGCCAGCAGGAACAAGUUACUGAGGGCUCAGACCGAAAGAGAGAUUCUUUCCUUACUUGAUCAUCCCUUCUUGCCUACGCUCUAUUCUUACUUUGAGACCGAGAAGUUUUACUGUCUGGUCAUGGAGUUCUGCAGCGGCGGAAAUCUCCAUUCUCUCAGACAGAAGCAGCCCAACAGGCGUUUCACAGAAGAGGCCGCGAGGUUCUACGCGUCCGAAGUGUUGUUGGCGUUGGAGUAUCUACACAUGUUGGGGAUUGUGUACAGAGACUUGAAGCCAGAGAACAUCCUUGUUCGAGACGAAGGCCACAUAAUGCUCUCUGAUUUCGACCUCUCCCUCCGUUGCUCCUUUAAUCCAACACUCGUCAAGUCCUCCUCAGUCUGCAGCGGAGGAGGUGCUAUCCUCAACGAGGAGUUUGCCGUCAAUGGCUGCAUGCAUCCCUCGGCCUUUCUCCCUCGUCUCCUCCCUUCCAAGAAAACCAGGAAAGCCAAAUCUGACUCAGGCCUAGGCGGCCUCUCCAUGCCAGAGCUCAUGGCAGAGCCAACGGAUGUGCGGUCAAUGUCCUUUGUAGGCACACACGAGUACCUGGCUCCAGAGAUCAUACGUGGAGAGGGACACGGCAGUGCUGUGGACUGGUGGACGUUUGGGAUCUUCCUCUAUGAGCUCCUCCAUGGGACAACGCCGUUCAAGGGUAAAGAAAACAGAGCCACGCUGCACAACGUGGUUGGUCAGCCGCUAAAGUUUCCGGAUAGCCCUCAUGUGAGCUCGGCGGCGCGUGAUCUCAUCCGUGGACUUCUUGUGAAGGAUCCUCACAGAAGGAUCGCUUACACGCGUGGAGCCACGGAGAUAAAGCAACAUCCUUUCUUUGAAGGGGUGAAUUGGGCUCUGGUGCGUAGUGCUUCCCCGCCUCACAUUCCUGACCCUGUAGACUUGGGACCGUCCAAUGCUGCGAGAGGGAAGGCCAAGGGUGGUCAUGUUGUUGGUGAUCACUGUAACUCUGUUAAGCCGGCUCAGGUCACUUGUGCUACUGGUCCUACUGAUGAUACGGCUUAUAUAGAUUUUGAGUAUUUUUAGAAUAAUACAGUAUUUGCUCCAUGCUGAGAUAUUCUCUAAAUUUUUUUUUGUUCAUAUUCUUAAUUUUUUGACGAAUACAGAUUGUGAUUUAUCAAGAGG